CUAAUCGAGUCUGUUCUGUUGCUCCACUGCACACUGACGGCUCUGCAGCUUCCUCACAUCAUCUUACCCUGUCGAACCUUGACGGAGCUGCUUCUCGGCUUUGUCCCUUUUCAGUCUUAACAAACGAAACAAGUCUUCAUCAUGUCCGAUGAAGAAGUGAAGUCUUUAGAAGAACAGGAAAUGCAGGACAAAGUCAUCAGCCCAGAAAAAACAGAGGAGGCUAAACUGAAGGCCAGGUAUCCUAAUCUAGGAGCCAGACCCGUGGGCCCCGACUUCCUCAGAAAAAGACUUCAGAAAGGGCAAAAAUAUUUCGACUCUGGUGAUUACAACAUGGCCAAGGCAAAAAUCAAGAACAAGCAGCUCCCAUCAACCCCAACAGAGAAGACCGAGAUCACAGGGGAGCACAUUCCUACACCUCAGGACCUGCCUCAAAGAAAAACCUCCAUUGUAGCCAGCAAACUAGCAGUCUGAUCGUUUGCUGUUCAUGGUUUUGGUACCAUUCCAUUACUUUAUUAUUGUACCUGUUCUGUUUGGUUUUGUCUUUGUUCAUGUUCCACAAGAAAAAUUUAACAGUAGUUAAUCUGUCAGAACCCCCUGGCCCAAACUGAAAAUGUAUAAGAUUUUAGCAGUAAUUACUACGUUCUGAGCAAAAUUUACACUUGAUUUAACUUUUUGCUUUUAAGGAAAAUGUGCCUCUAUACAAAUUAUCUGACAGCUGAUCAAUGCAAAUGAGUCCAAUUCCUCAGUUAUUGAUAAUUAGGUGGGAAAAGGACUAAAUGAACAAUAUCAGCCUGCAUAGAUAAAUGUGAAAAGUAGAUGUAUAAUUUAAAUACUCCACUUCCUCUUUAGGUCUGGGCGUUUCCCUGCUCACAUGGAGGUAUGUUGAUUUAAAUUAGUGAAGUAAUUUAACUUUGAUUUUGUUGUUUCUUACAUUGUAGUUCUAUUUAAUUGUGUGCUUUCAAAGUAUGGCAGACCAGAUAACCUGUGCUUUGUAGCCAGUUUAGUUCAUUUUAGUAACUUUGAUUUGCAAUGACAUGCUGCUGGUCUUCACCUCAUCCUGACCUUUAAAAAUGGCCUUAAAAACAAUGAACUGUUGUUCCUCUUGAGCAAUAUUUGCUCCUUCAGUAAAAAUCUUGGCUGUGAAUCUUGCCUGAAAUGUCUUUUGCCGUUUGACUGAAUUUGAUUUGGAUUUUAUGUGGAAGAAACUAGCAGGUCGUGUCUGGAGUGUGCAUGUGCAUUUACUGUGCCGAUACGCUGUGCCAUUUGUUUUGUAAAUAAAGUAGUUUUGCAUAAUUUA